AUGGGCUGGGUGGACGUCUUCCGGCGCGGGCGCGCGGCAGUGCCCAGGCACAGCUGGUCUGUAUUCGGGCCCAAGAGGAGGCUGCGCAGCGUGCAGCCCGUGGAGAUGCUGCGCGUGAUCCGGUUCCCGCACUUAAACCUGGUGCAGACUCACGUGCAGCCAUCCAAGUUCCAGACACAGUUGGUGCGGUGGGGGACGGUGCUGGCCGUCACGUCGGCCACGUACCAGUUCCUGACCAACUUGCACACCGUCCCCAUCACCGGGCGCACGCAGGUCGUGGUGCUCUCGCGCGAGGAAGAAUGUGAACUCGGCAACAAAACUGCCCAGGAGGAACUGGCUGGGGCCAAGACCAUCGACGACGGGCCUCGAUUACAACUUUGCCUCGACGUGGCCACCCGACUGGUGUCCGUGUCCGAGCACUUGUUCCCCCGAGAGUACGACUGGCGCGUGUGGCUGGUGGACAACCCGUCCUCCGCCAACGCGUGCUGCGCCCCCGGCGGCAAGAUCAUCGUGCAGACGGGCAUCCUGGACCUCAUCGACUUUGCGGUGCAGAAGGGAAUCUGCCGCAACAAGCACGACGCGCUGGCAGUCGUGAUGGCGCACGAGAUCGGCCACGCGCUGGCGAGGCACACGGCCGAGUCCAUGAGCAUGCUGCCGCUGAUGUAUUUGCAGCUGAUCCUCGGCAUGGAGAGUCCGCUGCUCGAGUACAUCUUCCAGUUCGCCUUCAACUUGCCCUUCAGUCGGUCGCAAGAGGCCGAAGCGGACCACAUCGGCAUCAUGCUGCUCGCCAGCGCGUGCUACGACCCGUCCGAGGCCCCGCGGCUGUGGAAGGCCUUCACCGCCUUCUACGCGGACCCAGAGGCAGGUGAGGGCGCGCUGGACAUGGACUUCGACUGGGUCUCAACCCACCCGUCCAACCGCAAGCGCGAGAAAGCAUUGGACGCGCUCGUGGAGGCCGCGCUGGAGCUGCAGCGUAGCAGCAGUUGGUGCGCGUUCCUCCAGCAGAAGGUGCUGGAGCUCGUGGGCGCCAACACGGAGGCCGAGCUGCUGCACCACAUCCGCGCAGCCAUGACCGAGGCCCGCGCGGAGGAGGCGCACGCCACCAGCGGGGCAGAGCGGACGCAGCGCCGCCGCAACACCAUCGGCGCCAUCCACGAGCUCGAGAGCCAGGAGAUGCUUAAAGUCAUCAGAGGCGAGGCGGCACAGCUCGAGCAG